UACACACACACACACACACACACACACAUCAGCAGUAGAUUUCACUGUCUGUCUGCCGCCAGCGCGUGCAUGUGAACGGAUUGUAGCCCGCUUUCUCCGGGGAUCUAUAUAGCCACAUUGACCCAGUACAUCAAAAUGUGUGGCUGAAGAAUAUAACUCGGGAUUACUGUGGCCUAAAUUCCCCAUUUUGUCCUCCUGUGACUGUCCAAACUGAGGAUUUGCUCCGGCCAGCGCAGCGAUCAUGUCGGGGAAAAUAGAAGGCAAGCACGAAUCCCAGAAGUCUCACCUCUCCUCUUUCACGAUGAAAUUGAUGAAAUUUCAUUCCCCGAAGAUUAAAAGAACUCCAUCUAAGAAAAGCAAACAACUCCAGCCAGAGCCUGCAGUGAAGACUCCAGAGAAACCCGUCAACAAGAAGGUGAGUCGACUGGAGGAACAGGAGAAGGAGGUGGUGAGCGCUCUGCGUUACUUCAAGACGAUUGUGGACAAGAUGAGCGUCGAUACAAAAGUUCUCCAGAUGCUUCCUGGUUCAGCUAGUAAAGUUUUGGAGGCCAUAUUGCCUCUGAUGCAGGUAGAGGCUCGGAUACAGCACAGCUCGGCAAUGUCCUCCUGUCAUAACCGCGUCUAUCAGAGUUUGGCGAAUCUCAUUCGUUGGUCCGACCAGGUGAUGCUGGAGGGCAUCGACCUCGACGACAAGGACACCGUGGCAACCGUCACCACGGUGAUCAAAGGCGUGCUGGAUGGUGUGAAGGAGCUGGUGAAACUCACAAUAGAGAAACAUGAGCAACCGUCCCCGACGUCCCCCAACAAACCAGCGCUUCCUGUGACCAAAGCUGAGAGUGUGUGUGAAAAUCCUCUAACUGAGCGAGAGAAGGCGAUCCUGAGUAAGACCACGCCCAUCGUCACGCCCACUGACAGCUUGACUGACAUGUCCGAGGAAGAGGCUCCGCCCAAACCUCCUUUACCGGGACUCAAACUGGCAGAGCACAGGAACAGGAUGCAGUUGUGCUCCGAUCCUGUUGCCGGGCAGCGGAGGGCCACGGCGAUGGAAACCCCGCCCGCUCUGCCUCCCAAGAAGCGACAGUCGGCCUCCUCCCCCACGCGUGUUGCCGUGGUAGCGCCGAUGAGUCGAGGAUCAUGUGGUCUCAACCUGCCUCCUGGAGCCCUGAGACAGCAGCAGGAGUUUGAUGUGGAUCUCCUCCAGAGGCGUUUCUCCGGCGGGAGCCAGUCGUACGGUGGGGAUUCGCCCCGUCUCUCUCCCUGUAACAGUAUGGGAAAGCUCAGCAAGUCCGACGAGCAGCUCUCUUCACUGGAGCGAGACAGUGGACAGUGCUCUCGCAACACUAGCUGUGAAACACUAGAGGGAUACGAUCCUGAUUACGACUUCCUACAUCAGGAUCUGUCCGUCUCCGACCCGUUACCGUUUCCCACCGGCACUGGCAGCAGUCUGAGCCCUCUCCCAGAAUGCCACGGGGAGUCUCAGUCAUUAAGCCCCGCCCAGGCCCCGCCCACCCACCCGCGUUUCAGUGCUCCCGUCACCAAUCAGGCUUCCCUGGAGUACUGGACUCCGCCCCUCGCACCUGGACAGACCAAUAGGGUGCAUCCACCCGCCCUCCCCCAGAAGAAGCGACGAUCCGCACCCAUCUUAUCGGCGUACCCUCUUUACGAGCGCCUCCCAUCGCACUACGAUAACCUAUCAGAAGAGGAGCAGCCCACGCCACCGUUCCCGCUGGUGACGCCAGCGUCUCCCCUUCCUCAGGUCAACGGCGGAGACGAACUCUCACAGUACACAGACGCCGACAGCCCGCCGCCGCUACCAGAGAAGAAGGGCAAACAGAUUCUGCAGUACAUGCAGUUUGUGGAGGAUUAUUCGGAACCGCAGCCGUCCGUCUUCUACCAGACGCCUCAGAGCGAGAGUAUUUACGAGCAGCGGAGGAACAAGCGCUUUCAGGAGGUUUACGGCUUCAACGACUCCUACAGCAGCUCAGACUCUGUGCAUGAACCCGUCCCACCGCCAGCGCUGCCACCCAAACAGAGACAACUGGCCUCCUAUACCUCUCCUUCUUCAUCCUCCUCUUCCUCUUUUUCAAUUCUCCCUCCUCCUGCUGGGCUUCUGGAGGAGGCGGAGCCUGCUCUUGGUCUCAGCCUAUCAGUGUCUAACUCCUUCCUCAGUGGCCACGCCUCUUUGACCACGCCUGUGUCGCAGAGUUCUGACCCGAUUGGCUUGACCAAUGCCGGCAGAGCUCUAGAUGGUGGGGCUGGUGUCUCUAACGGGUCCUUGACCAGCUCUCUGGUCUCUCUGGCCGUCUGUCUUCCUUCUGAGUCUUCUCUUUCUGACUCGCUUCUUACCUCCGCGAGUGAAAGUGUUGAUGAAGGUGGCGAGGGAGAGUAUGUGAACCUGUACUCGUCCACACAGGCUAACGGAGACAACACACACCGCACUGACACGUCUUCAUGUGAUGAUGGGCUUCAAGACCACACCCCUCACAUACCCACGUCCAAUAGCAAGGAAGCAUUGUCUAAGGACAGGCCGAAAGAACCCAGUCAUGGUCAGAUAGAUGAUGUUGAUGAAUUAUCCCUCAUUGAUCAUAAUGACAUUAUGGACCGCAUCACGCUCAAAGCAGAGAAUGAUGAUGGUCCUGAUGUGAGAGCCGGUUCUGGUGAUAUACUGUUGGUUCACGCUACAGAAACAGACCGCAAAGAUUUGGUGUUGUACUGUGAGGCUUUUCUCACCACCUACAGAACCUUCAUAACACCCGAAGACCUCAUUAAAAAACUUCACUACAGAUACACACGCUUCUGUCACAGUCCAGACACCUUCAAGAAGCGUGUCAGUAAAAACACGUUCUUCGUGCUGGUGAGAGUCGUGGACGAACUCUGUCUGGUGGAGUUGACCGAGGACAUCCUGCGGCAGUUGAUGGAUCUGGUGUUUCGGCUGGUCUGUAACGGGGAACUGAGUCUGGCGAGGGUCCUGCGAAAGAACAUCCUAGAUAAAGUGGAGCAGAAGAGGCUCCUGAGGCACGUGCACACGCUCAAGCCUCUCGCCGCGCGGGGCGUCUCUGCCAGGCCCGGCACGCUGCACGAUUUCCGCAGUCAUGAGAUCGCCGAUCAGCUGACGUUGCUGGACGCAGAACUUUUCUACAAGAUCGAGAUUCCUGAGGUGCUGCUUUGGGCAAAGGAACAGAACGAAGAGAAAAGUCCAAAUCUGACCCAGUUUACAGAGCACUUUAACAACAUGAGCUACUGGGUGCGCUCUAUAAUCAUCCAGCAAGAGAAAGCUCAGGACAGAGAGAAACUGCUGCUCAAAUUCAUCAAAAUCAUGAAGCACUUGCGGAAACUGAAUAACUUCAACUCUUAUUUGGCGAUUCUCUCGGCGCUGGACUCUGCACCAAUCAGACGCCUGGAAUGGCAGAAGCAGACGUCUGAGGGCUUGGAGGAGUACUGCACUUUGAUUGACAGCUCGUCAUCUUUCCGAGCGUACAGAGCAGCUCUAGCCGAAGUGGAGCCGCCAUGUAUUCCCUACCUGGGUUUGAUCCUACAGGACCUGACGUUUGUUCACCUCGGAAACCCGGAUUUUAUUGAGGGUAAAGUGAAUUUCUCCAAGCGCUGGCAGCAGUUCAACAUUCUGGACAGCAUGAGACGCUUCCAGCAAGUACACUACGAGCUGAAACGUAACGACGACAUCGUCUCGUUCUUCAACGACUUCAGCGAUCACCUGGCGGAGGAGGCGUUAUGGGAACUCUCGCUCAAGAUCAAACCACGAAACAUCUCGCGGCGCCGGACAGAGCGCGAGGAGAAGACCUAGAGCCUCAGAGACGAUAUACGGUGAGACCUGAACCUCCUGCAGAACCUUGGGAACCCACGCUACAGUUCUGGGCUGAACCGAGACACGCAAGCUACAAUUUGCACCGAUAAAACAUUGGCAGACAUUGGCAGUAUUUUCCCCGAUUGUUGACUUAAAAAAAUUCCCCUCACGAGGGGAAUCCUAAUAUACAAUAUACAAAUAUACAGAUACGCACGCUCAAGAGGACCCGAACGCUGUGAUAUAAAGCAACUUUUUUAUGUUUAUGUGUACAGAAAGACGCACUCUAAGAGGGCUUGGUUCAUUUGAUAUUAAUACACUGUGCCUGAUGGAGUGAGUUCAUGUUUGCUUGUCCCAUUCGGACGUAACGUUUGGCCUUCCAAAGGUCAGUCACCUGAUGAUGCGCCCACUGGGUCGACCUGCAGUCACCGUUCAGACCAUAUGAUUGGGAAACGGGCAGACGUGUGCAAUCUUAUAACCGUAUAUAAGGAAUAUUCUCUGAUCUGUUCAAAUUAAUGUUUUGACAGACACGGCGGGUAAUGUAUAAGUGGAAUAUAUUAAUUUGAAAAUUAAAGAACGAACUGGACGUUUGGACUCAUUUUUCACGUCAUCUUGCUAUAUUGUUUUGUGUGUGACCAUGUGCAAGUUUAUUAUAACUGUUUACCCCGUCACAGCCCAUCGAGUCCCACGGGAACGUGU